AAACAUGGAUACGAUAUUUAUACCUCAAUGUUCAUCAUCUCCUGUAUGCAAGGAGAAACUGGAACUUCUGUCGAAGCUUCUAGACGCCAAAGGUUUAAAAGUAUUUUAUGAGUCAAUUGUUGGCUCCAAAGUUAUAGAUUUGGAACAAAAAUUAACAACAUCGUCCUUGACAAUUUUGCACAAAUGUCCCAAGUUUUGGAAUUUUAUAGAUAAAAAUAAAAUAGACAUACUUUUAAAAGAGAAAAAAGACUUGUAUCAAAAAGUUUCUUGUGUUUAUUUCGAUGGCAUUUCUGAUCCAAUUGUCGAUGACAGCUCACGCGUACGUUUUCAAGAUUUUUUUGGUGAUCUAUACCUUCAAGAGAUCUUCACAGAUUCCGACCUUAAGACAUAUGUCGACAACAUUUCAGCACUUUUAAGAAAUGAAGCGAAGCAUAGUGACACUGUAGUCCGUUUAUCAACUUUCUCCAUGCCAAACAACAUUGCGAGCGCCACAUUUGAGGAUCAUAUUUCAGAUGUAUAAGAAUUAUGUCAAUUGAUUCAGCAUAUAAGAGAGUCAAGAAUAGACUAUUACAAUACGGAGGAAGGUCAACUAAUGCCAAACGACUCAGAAUAUGCAACUGUCAGGGUGUACGAAAAAGUAUCAGAGUAUGAUCAAAAGUCAAUCCUUCUAUUUGACUUUGAUAGGCUGUCGUCCCUUGAAGAACUAAGAGCCCACAUCAAUUAUGUUUUGAAAACUAGCGAUAGUGUUAAAAUACAAAUUAAUCUGAAGUUUUUAAAAUAUACGGUAUUGCCAGCUAUUUACGACCGAGAAAUGAUACAUGGACUUUGUACCUUAGCAACAUGCGAUAAUCUAGACCUUCAAAAACAUGCACACAAUUUUGCAGAGCGUCUGCUACUAAAAGAGAAGUUUGACUCUUCGUAUUCCGGCAUUUCUAUACUGGUCAAGUUGAAGACAAUGCUGAUAGAGUCAAUAGAAUUGAUGAGUCAGGACAAAAGCUUUGAUCCAAACAAGAAAGAGCUUAUCAAAAGAAAAUGUUUACUUCUGUACUGGGUACAUCUAGACAUUGUGUUACAAGCUAGGAGACAAGAAGAUCUUGGAGAUGUCAAUCUCAAAUUGAGCAGAUCACAAGAGCAGAAAGAGCCAAUCAAGAUGUUUUUCUCAUCCACUAAUAAAUAUUUAAGCUUGUCAUUUGAUGAAGCAAGGCAGUUCCAGAAAGAUGUGCUUCAGUGGAAUGUUCAGGAUGAAACUAUCGUAGUGGGUCAAAAAGAAUACAAACAAUUUUACAGCAUCGUCGAUCUGUUGAAGCAGAUGUUUAAAAUUCAAAAUUCUGGAGAUCGCAUAUUAAAUUGCUUAAAGAAUCUGGAGAGCUAUUUACUGACCAAGACAGGUAUCCGGAGACAGAAUGUUUCACCUCUUUGUACUGAGCUUAUUAAACAAGGAACACUCCAGUUGCUGACAUACAUUUCAAAUUUAGAAGAACGAUGUCUUAAACAGAAUAUAACAGCAAUAUGUCAAAAGGUCCUGGAUAUACUUCGCAUUUGCAAACGAAACGGCACUUUAGAGAUAACAAGAACCCUAAGAAGUUUGGUGUUUAGUCCUAAGAAGGAGGUACGCUCACUUGCUUUGCAAUUUUUCGAUGGAAAGAAUGAGUUCCAAAAGUCAAUUGAAUUAUUGUUCUUGGAAGAAGUGCAAGAGUAUUUUCCAGCAUUGAGAAUACAUCAUAAAUUAACGCCUCGUACAGAGCAUAUGAACUACUGGCUGAAUAUUUCGGGCAAAUUUAUGAAAUCUAAAUUUAGAGCAAGUGUGUACAUCCCUUUGAAAGAAAACCUGAUUACGUCCAACAGAACCAAGUUUGAAGACAAAAAAGAUUUACUGAAAGAAAGACAUAUUCAGAUAUUAUGUAGACUACAUCACCCGAAUAUUGUUACCUUGUAUGCAUUUAAUAUGGACUGUAUGCCAGAAUUUUACAUACAGGAACAGAGCAGUGAAGAGAAUUCUAAAAAUUUGCAGCAAUACUUAGUCAACAAGAGUCAGAACAAUAACAAUGUCUGUACAACAAAAACGCUAAUACAGUUCUUAUUGGACGCUGCUGCAGCUGUGAAAUUUUGCCAUGACAAGAACAUUAUUCUUCGAGAUAUCACAGCAGCAAGUUUCAUUGUCGUGAAUAAAAAUUCUGUCAAGUUGUCCAAAUUUAGAUUGGCAAUAGAUCUUGCUGGAAAAAUGCAAAUUAAACAAAACAAUGUUGACUAUAAUCAAGUACCCACAAGAUGGAGUGCACCAGAAUCUCUGCUUCGGUUAAUUUGGUCAAAGCUUUCAGAUGUUUGGAUGUUUGGAAUGUUGAUGUUUGAAGUCCUAACACAUGGGGUACUUCCUUUCAGUCACAUCAAACUUAAGGAUGAGGACUGGUUACGCCAUUUGUCUAGGUCCUCAAUUAAAGUAAAGCACGAAGGUUGCUUGUCUGUGAUACAAUAUGAAGUCAUUCUACAAUGCACCGAUUACGACACAACGAAAAGACCGACGAUGUCAGAACUAGAAAAGUCAUUAAAUAUACAGUUCCAAAAUGGUAAACAAACAUCUUCUUAAUUGAAAGAUAUAAAACAAAGAACAAUUUACUAAUUAUUGCAAAUGAUGACGUUAUAAUCAAGUCAAAUCUUCUGCUUUAUCCAGAAAGAUCUUCAUUUUAUUGGAUGAAGUAUCCAGAUCUGAAAAGUCAAGAACACAAACCUUCCACGAAACAUCGAAAAGUACAACUUCGUUUUUACUUUCAAUGUUAGGUUCUUAUAGUUUUUCAAUUAGAAAGAAGAUUAUUUCUGAUGUUAAUAACUUUUUCUAUAUUGUUUUGGUUACAUCUAUUAAUUCUGUUUCGUUUUUCUACGUUUUAGAA